CACCCCGAAGAUAUGGGGCGGCCUCGCUCGCGAUGGCCUCUCCCAUCUUCAAACUUCCAACUUCAUCAGAGGCCACCGAAAUGUUGGAAAAUAACGAAGCCAUGGCACAACUCGGCAGCGUUGUGAAAAGCGAGACUGACAAGAGCUGGGAACUUAUAGGAUAUACUGUUGCCGAAGCACAAGUACAGAUUCGUUCCGCGGCUCCUUACACUCGUGGCUCUGGACCUCCUUCGGCGCCAAUUGGAAUCAUGCCUCUCCACGAUAAAGAGGGCAUCAUUUUCGAUGUCACAAGGAUGGACGGAAACAUUGUCUACAUCGUUGGUUUUCCGGACAAGCCAGCGCUUCGAAUUGCUGUUCGAGUUCAGAAUAUCUAUGACUUUGUCUCCCCGCGCACUCUCGAGUGGUUCGACAUGGCACAGACAGUCGCUCUUAAGGAGAAGCGCGAAGCCAAAGCCAAGGAUCGCGCAACUACCACACAACAACUAAACGACGAGUCACGUGUAUCUGACGCUCCCAGAGGCAGAGGACGCCCAAGAAAGAGACCCCUAGUUGUGGAAGAAGAGAGUAACGACACUAAGGCCACGAUUGAGCUCCCAAGAAAGAAACAAGCUGUGGAGGGCUCUGAUGGAAGACCGGGAUCGUCAUCCAGUUCAGCCAUUCAGCGUGGUCUCACAGAAGUCAGUUCGGAAUCUGCUUUUGACGAUGAUGACACCGCUUUGGCAAUUGCGCGGCAGCUACGUGGCACUCCACAGGUUGAAGUUCCUACUCAAUCAUUCAGUUCUCGAUCUGUUUCCCCCAAACCUGUCAGGACAUCUCGAAAUCCCAUCGCCAGAGUCAGCGCAAGCCAAACCAGCUCGAGGCAGACUCGGAGCGUUUCCGCUUCCACUACCUCCACUCGGCCUUCAAUUGAUCUUCAAGUUCAACACAAGAGCCAGAGCAGCGGCCCGCGUCGUGAUUCUGUGGCUGCUAUUUCCAGCAUUGAAGCUGCGAACAUAUACGAAACCCUCGAAAAGAGCAAGGGCAAGGAGACUCGACCAAGCAGAAAGAUGUCCGAGAUACAAACCUCUAGUUUCUACAACACACCCGAACCAACCAAGAUUCGGAAGAGUUCAGCCAAGCCGGCCCGCCCCAAGCCAGUAAAGCCAACCAAGCCAGCUGUGGAACCGGAAGAAGAGUACAACAUCGAUGAUAUCCUUGGCCACAAGUUCGAGUACGAGAAGAAGAAGAAGAGAACGACCAAGUUCUACUACAUCAAGUGGAGUGGUGAUUAUGAGAAUUCCUGGGAGCCUGAAAGAAAUGUUGGUCUUGCGGCCAUCGAACAGUAUAAGCAGAAGCUACUGGACGAGGCAAAGAGUCAAUCUAGCACUACUUCUUCGGUGACUAGAACUAGCGAGGAGGAUGAUAUGGAUGUUGUCGUUGAGAAGGAAGGCUUGGGUACGGGCUCGAAGAGCAUUAUGGGUGUCCAGGGCAAUGGUACGGAGAAGAUGGGUUCAGCUGCUGACAGCAUGAGUGGACCUACGAAGCAUAAGGCUACGAAUGGCAAGGAGAACGGAGCAUCGCUCAAGGUCAUGGACGCCGAAUCCGCCGAUGAGGUUGACGAGUAAUUGUGAUUUUUCGCUCAGGAUUACGGAUGGGGUGCCAGGUGGCUCAUAUUCAGAACAAGAUAACGGCGCGCGAUUAUACCCAUUGCAUUCCUGCAUUUCAUACAAGAUAGCAUAGGCCCUAGUCUGCUACACAGAUAGCUUAGACUGACUGUACCUGUACAUGAAGUACAUAAUAAAACAUCUGAC